UUUCUCCACAUGGUCUGUUCAUGAACACAUCAUCACGUAAUCUGAUUUAAUACAACAAAUAUAAUAGCAACAUUUUUUUAUGUAAAGAACAAAACAUGAUUGAGUAAGCUGCUAUAGGAAAAUAAUUUUUUAAAUGAAAGUUUUCUGUUAUUUAAUAUUCACUACAAGGCGAGUGAUUUCCCUUAUUAAGAAAGUUAACAUUAAAGUUAACAGAGUUUUGAGUGUGUGCCAUUGGACUGUAUCUUACUCAUGUACUUAAUGAUGCUGUCCAUGCAGGUAGAACCUCUCAGUAAUACAAUAUAGCAACUUGUUCCCAGAGACGCUCUGGGAAAACCUCAGGCAUUUUGGAGGAAAGCAUGUUUUAACCUUUUUCAAUUCAGUGUGAAUGUGAGGCAAAUACAAAGAAGGGUUUUUAUUACACCAGUUCCACUGUGAGAUUUCUCCAGUGUCGGGCAAGCUGCUCUGUACGUUUACUCUGUAAAGAAAUGCAGCUCAUUAUGUUAAAAGUUAUUCUUCAGAGAAAAGUAACUGGCUACAUUACAGGCUACACGGCGAAUAUAGUUUAAAUGUAUUGAAGCUGCUUCCAUGACUGAUGUCAUCACACCUUUCUGCUAAUUACGAGAUGUUUAAGAUAGCCAACCAAAUUGAAACACAAUUUUCAAGACCAAAUUCCUAAUGGAAAAAUAUUUUCAAAUCUGUUUUUAUAAAGAGCUGUAAUUUGUAUACUUAUAGAUUAUUUGCAAUAAGUCAUGUUAGAAUUAAAUACAGAGACCAUAGUUGGUUAAGACAAAAGACUCCAAACUGGAACCAGCUCUUUUUUCUGUUGCAUUCUCCAGUUGUAUAAAAUAAAAUGAGAGAGUAUAACUCAGUGAUAUGGAUCCAGCAGGUCUCUACAUAGAUAAAUAAAACUAUUUACACUUAUAUAUAUGACUAUAUUUAACAGAAUCCAGAACUCUCCUCAUUGCUCCUCAUAUAUCAAGCUGAAUACGAAUGUAUUUAUUAUUGAAUUGUUUGUAGGACCAAGAAAUUUUGUAUUCAUGAAAAUACCAUUAGUUCAGAAAAACGUUUGCAUUCUACAAGAGCUCCUGAGUUUGUCAUUCAAUUAAGACAAAAGAAAUGGUGCUGUAUAAAAGGACGAUGACGCAUAUAAUUUGGUUCUGUUUGCCAUGACAUCUUCUUUUGUGCAAUGCUUUAGAGCCAGCACUAAGUGACCAACUGUGUGCCGUAUAGUCCGUAGUGUGCUGCAUCAGGUUUCCUUACAACACCUGUCCUCUUGCUUUUCUAGCAUGGAAUCAGGGAUGGUACAUUGGUGCACGAGAGAGAUGCUGUUAUAGCAAAUGAAUCGACACCUUCUGACCAAUCAGAUCUGAGAACCCAGUUGCAUUUAUAUAAAGCUAAAUAUCAAGUGGCAAGUAUGUUUACAAGCCUGUCAUGAACAAGACCUGCUGUCCACAGUACACUAUCAGGUGCCAUGCCUUAAACUUUCAUCCUUCAAAGACGCAUAAGAAGAUCUUGAAGAAAAUGACAAAGUUUCUGUCGAAAGGGGAGGUGCCAGCAGGCCAGCGUGAUGCUGACUGUGACGGUGUGUUUGACAUCCCUGGCUUCCUCAAGCCUCUCGCUUCGUCUCUUCAGCGGACAGUGGCUAUAGCUGCUGGAAUAUCCCAGACAUUUUUCUCAGGUGAGCGGAUGGACUCCAUGUUUGAAGAAGGAGGGGAAGUUCCUCCGGUGGAUCCUGUGAAAAUCCAGCACUCUCAGGUGGAGCGUCCCAUCAUUCCCAGCUGCCCUGAGAAAGACAACGAUUCCAAACCAUCAACAUUAGAGACUCCAAGAGAGGAAACGGUGUCAUCAGCAGCAGGGAAGAGCCCACGCCUCAUGCCUAAACCAGGAGUGGGAGCGGACCCUAGCAAACCUCCGUGUCGCAAAGCCAAGGAUAUCCGGAAAGAGCGACGACUACAAAAGGAGCAACAGAAGCAGCAAGAUGGUGGAGGCACUUUAACAAACCUGAAGCCUGCUCCAGCAACUCCAGCAUUUGGUCAACCCAAACCUUUAGAAGAAUUCAUCACCGACUCGCUGCCUGAUGACCCUCUUCAUCGUUUAGAGGUGAGGCUAGUGCCUGUCAGCUUUGAGGACCCUGACUUCUUGGCGUCCUACGAGCAGUCAGUGGAGCUGUUUGCCCGUUACCAGAUGGCCAUUCAUGGCGACCUUCCAUUCGAAUGUGAUGAAAGCCAGUUUAAGAGGUUCCUGUGUGACUCACCACUAGAGGCAGAGACGGCUCCUGAUGGGCCUGAUAUGGGCUACGGCUCCUUCCACCAGCAGUACUGGCUAGACGGACGUAUCAUAGCCGUGGGUGUCAUCGACAUCCUGCCUAACUGCGUCUCCUCAGUCUACCUCUACUACCACCCGGACUUCGCCUUCCUCUCGCUGGGCUCCUACUCUGCUCUCAGAGAGAUUGCCUUCACGAGGCAAUUGCAGAAGCAGUCACCCAAGCUCUGCUACUACUACCUGGGCUUUUACAUCCAUUCUUGCCCCAAGAUGCGCUACAAGGGUCAGUACCAGCCGUCAGACCUUCUGUGCCCAGAGACGUACACGUGGGUGGCCAUAGAGAAAUGCGUCCCCCGCCUUGAUGCCUCAGCCUACGCCCGCCUCAACGAAGACACCCGAGCAGGUGAUGCUAGUGCACUUAAAGACUUGGGCCGGGUUCUGGUGCUGCACAAGAGGACGGUCAUGCCUUACGCCGCCUACUCGCGGAAAAAGAAAGGCUUCAGCGAUGAGAAAGAGGUGGAGCAGUAUGCAAGCCUGGUGGGCCAGACGUGUGCGGAGAAGAUUCUCCUCUACCGAUCUUAGCUCAUUGUCUUAUUCAGCUCACUCACAAGUGUCUGCAUUCUGUCUAAUGUACACCUGUUAGUCUAAUGUUUAUUUUGCCUUUUAUUCCCCAUCCUGCAUCCACUUUUUCUGUGUCCAAAUUCUUUGCUUCUUUCAGUGUGUUGUCUUAAAGCUUCAUGUCUUGUUCAGUACAUGGAGGAGGAAUUGUAGAGCUAUAAAUCCUCUGUCUAUCCCACUUGCUCACAAGUGUUUUAUAUUUAAGCCUUCACGAUAUUGUUGCCCACAUUCACGAACUUAUACCCGUGUAAUCGACCUCACGCUAAUACAGAACACAAAGUGUAGAAUUAUUUUAUUGUAGGAUUCAUUUUUAUCGAUCUAAAUGUCAAACGAGGCUGUGACGUGCUUAGCUGUGUGUGCUUAACUAGGAUCUGCGUUCAUUCAAAUAGAUUUGUACCAAUGCAAGGUCUGUGACUGGUACAAUGCUAACAGUGUGUACACCAUGAGGCAGCCUUGAGCUACCAAAGAUGCAGAAAACUGAAGUGUGAAGGAAGAAGUGUGUGUGUUUUUUUUUUUUUCUUCCAGAACUGCUAGAAUGAUUACAUAGGCUGUAGUAUGUAAGACUAAAAAAAAAUCAACGUCCCGUGUGCCAUACUGGAGGACUGAUAUCAGAAACGAAUUUAAAAUUUCCAGACGUGAAAUGUACAAGAACAACAGCAUCCUAUGGAGCAGCUAAUCUCUGUCCGUACUGUCAUGUAAAUUAUAGCUUCAGUGCUUUUCUUUUGUAUUCUGCUCUUCAAACACAUGAAUAAAAAUCAUCAUUUAUGCUUGGAA